AUGCGUCUCGCCCGACUCUCGUUCCUGGCUCACGCCCUUCUCCUGACCGCUGUUGCGGCUCAGUCUGUCGCAGUCACCGACCUCGUCCCUUCCGUCACUAGUGAUUCUAGUUCAUCAUCCGAUCCUGCUACAUCUGCCGACCCUACUACUAGUAGCUCUUCAUCUUCCUCUACUUCUUCUUCGUCCUCGUCCUCGUCAUCUUCCCAGGACCAGCCAUCCACUACUUCCGCCGACCCGACUACUUCUUCUUCUUCUUCCUCUUCGUCCAAAUCCACCACCUCGGCUGAGAACACCGCAGACAACACCUCAAAGACCACAUCAUCUCAGAACAAUGAACCCAGCAAGACCGCAGAUGGUGAUAGCUCCUCUACGUCUGACUCCUCGUCCACCACCCAGACUCCCGUCGUCGAGACUAUCACCUCCUAUCAAACGGUUAGCGGUAGCACCCUGCAACAUGUCAUGACCUCCACUUCCAUCCCGGCCUCGGAAACAUCAUCGCCUUCUCUCAGCGGUGAUAGCAGCAGCAAUUCCAGCAGCGGUGUCUCGAGUGCCGACAAGAAGAUCAUCAUUGGUGUCGUCGUCGGUGUCGGCGGUGCCAUUGUCAUUGGUGUUUUGGCUAUUGUCAUCUGGCGUAUCCAGAAGAAGCGCAGCGGACAGUACAACGAGGAAGAUGAUGACCUGAUGGGCGGCACUGCUGUUGGCUCCGGCCCCCGUGAGAAGGCUCCUAGCCCCAGUGCCGGUGCCCAGGGUACCCCCUUCAAGAGCACACUCGACCAGUACCACAACCCUGGUCCCGUCAACGCUGCAUCGAACUUCUAA